AUGGACCACUGCGUGACAAAAUCUGAGUCCAUGAAUAGUUCAGCACCAAAGGCAGUUGCUUUUACAAGAAGAUUCAACCAUGUAAGUUUUUGGGUUGUUAGAGAGAUUCUUCAUGCACAGACAUUGAAAAUAAGAGCUGAAGUCCUAAGCCACUAUAUCAAAACUGUUAAGAAACUUUAUAAACUAAAUAAUUUACAUGCUCUUAUGGCUUUGGUUUCUGGAUUACAAAGUGCCCCCAUCUUCAGGUUGACUAAAACAUGGGCGUUACUGAGGCGAAAAGACAAAGCUUCUUUUGACAAACUGGAAUACGUAAUGAGCAAAGAGGACAAUUAUAAAAGACUUAGAGACUAUAUUAGUAGCUUGAAGAUGACUCCUUGUAUUCCUUAUUUAGGUAUUUAUCUCUCAGACUUGACAUAUAUUGACUCAGCAUAUCCAUCAACAGGAAGUAUUCUGGAAAAUGAGCAGAGAUCAAACUUAAUGAAUAAUAUUCUUAGAAUAAUUUCAGACUUACAGCAA